AUGGCACAACUCAACUCUACUGUGGUUACUCCUAACAUCUCCUCCUCUCCUGGAUAUCCACCUCAUCUCUCCUUGGACGCCAGCCGUCUAAUUCCUGCAGUGGUGCUGUCCAUCUGCUUCCUGCUGGGAUUCCCUGGAAACAUUGCUGUGAUCAUUCUCAAGCCAAACUGGGAGAACAUGUCCAGUCUGAGCCAGAGUUUGAUGCUGAGUCUGGCUGUGUCAGACCUGCUCUGCUUGGUUACCCUUCCGCUGUGGAUUUAUUCUUUCGUCAACGGCUGGAUCUUUGGCCUGGUGUCCUGCAAACUGAUAACAUAUUUUGUGUACUGCAGCGUUUAUGCCAGCCUGCUGACUGUGACUGCACUGAGUGUCCAGCGUUACCUUCAGGUGGUGCACCUGCAAAGGUGUUUACAUCAGGUAAAAGCAAGGAUGCUGCUGGUUCCACUCUGGCUGGUUGCAAUGAUCCUGUCCAUUCCUGAGUUAGUAGUUCGACAGCUGGUAGAAGAUCAGCAGUGGACAUAUUGUGAGCCUCAGUACUCCUCCAAGACCCAGAAGAUGGCUAUACUGUUGACAGAGACUCUGGUAGGAUCUGUGUCACUUUCUGUCAUUGUUUUUUCAUAUAUCAGUAUUUACAGAAAGGUGAAUCGGACAGCCUUUUUCAACAAUCCACAGACUACCAGACUGAUUACCAGUAUCACUGUGAUCUUUGCUGUCCACUGGGUUCCAUAUCUUGUCAUCAAUAUGUUGGGUGUGGCAGCUAUUCCCGUAGAAAAUGACGGUCUGCUGAAGUUUUGUGAAGAUAGCUGGGACACUGUUGGAGCACUAACAUUUGUAAAUAGUGCAGUGAAUCCACUCCUGUAUGCCUUUACUUCCAAUUAUUUGUCCUCAGUGUGCCAAAACAUUUCUGAAAUUUUCACACAGAAAAUCAUCAUUCCCCCAAAUCUGUCUAAGUCAGCAGAUAUCACCACAGAAGUAACAUUUAAAUGA